UCAAAAAGUUUGCUUUUGCUUUUUUAUUUUAAAAAUUAAAAUUUAAUAAAACAAAGAGAAAGAAACAAACAAAAAAAUUCGUAGAAUUGUUCCUGGUUUGUCGAUUGUCAUGUUCCUCUAGCUGUGUUAGGUUCCAUUCCAAACUACCACCAGGAAUUCUACCACAUGGUUUGCCCAUUGUAAAGGAAGUUGCAUCAGCCAUAACACCACUUGAACACAAAAAAGAAGGGCUCUAUCUGAGAAUGUCGACAUCUACACAGACUACAUUGGAGGUGGUGAUAAUGAAGAGUCAAACGAUGGGAGGACAAAUGCUAGGUUGUCGUUGAAUCGAGCUUUCUACGAAGACCCAUAGUCUAAGAAUCGAUGCAUCACUUCAAUGGAUUGGUCAACACAUUUUCCUGAACUGGUUGUUGCUUCAUAUCACAAAAAUGAGGAGAGUCCCAAUGAACCAGAUGGUGUUGUGGUGUUGUAAUGGUCUGGAACACAAAAUAUAAAAAACAAGCACCCGAAGAUGUAUUCCAUUGUCAGAGUGCCGUUAUGUCAACAUGCUUUACUAAAUUCAAUUCAAUGAAAUCUUAUACUCGGUGGAACGUAUUCCGGUCAGAUUGUGCUUUGGGAUAAUCGAGUGCAAAAGCGCACCCCCAUCCAGAGGACACCACAAGAUACGAACCCAGUGUACUGUUUGCAAAUGGUUGGCACACACAAUGUGAUAUCGAUCUCAUCCGAUGGCAAGCUUUGCUCUUGGAGUUUGGAUAUGUUGUCGAUGCCGCAAGAUACACUGGAAUUGCAGCAACGGCAAUCGAAGCCAAUUGCUAUCACUUGCAUGUUCUUUUCAUCGAAUGAGAUUAACAAUCUAGCAAUGGCAAUGUUUAUUCUGCUUAUCGACAUGGAAUACGUUCGGGUGUGUCUGAAGUCUAUGAGAAGCAUUUUGCGUCCAGUGACGGGAAUAUCAACUCAUCUAAAUCAAUCUACACCAGAUUUUGGUGAUUUGUUCCUUACAUCGUCCAUUGAUUGGACAAUUAAGUUAUGGAAUCUUAAGGUGAAUUAUGUUCAGUAAGCUCAAAAAUCAUAUUGGUUAAAAUGCAAAGCGCUCCUUUUUAUUGUUUUCACAAGGUGAAUGAGUGCCAAAGUGGAUUUUUGUUACUUUUUUG